AUGGGUCCCGCCACAGAGGAAGACAUUCCAGAGCCAUCAUAUCCACGCGAAGAUACAAGACCAACGUCGGAUCGAGAGCUGCUGGGCUUCUACGCAUACUCCUUCGCAGCCGAAGUCUUUGUCGUGUGCGGCUUGGGCGCAUUCGUCCCCAUCACCUUGGAAGAGCUCGCGCGAGCAUCAUCAACUGCUGUGCGUGCAGACGACCACUCAAUAUCAUGUAAGCCGCACACUAUCGAGCGAAGCUCAGCCGUCCACCCUUUUGGAUCUCUACUCCUUCCCAGAAGCGAUCAUGAGCCUCGAAAAGGAGCACAGUGCGUCUUUCGCGUGCUUGGACUGGAAGUCAACACGGCAAGCUUUGCAAUGUACACUUUCUCCAUCUCCGUGCUGCUUCAGGCUCUGCUGGUCGUCACCAUGUCUGGAGCAGCAGAUCACGGCAAGUAUCGGAAAUCACUGAUGAUCGCAUUCGCCAUCAUUGGAGCAGUCGCAACUAUGCUGUUUCUACCCCUUACACCUGCCGUAUAUUUGCUUGGCAGUUUUUGCGCUAUCAUCGGAAACGUGUGCUUUGGAGCGAGCUUUGUGCUUUUGAACUCGUUUCUACCCUUGCUUGUGCGAUGGCAUCCUUCGGUGAGACGAGCAUGGACGGGGCAAGACCGCGAGCGUGAAUCGGAGGGUGAUUAUGAGUCCCAAUCACCGAUCGCAGAUUCGACGACUUCUCUCCUCCACCCGGAUGGCUCUACCACUCCCAAUCCACGAUCACCAUCUAUACCAUCCACCGAGAUGCAGCUUUCCACCAAGAUCUCCUCAUACGGCAUUGGCAUUGGCUACUUCGCGGCGGUUGUUGUGCAGAUCCUAUCCGUCUUCAUCCUCAAAGCUUCCGGCGGCGACCUCUUCUCGCUUCGCCUCGUGCUCUUCAUCGUCGGCUCCUGGUGGCUGGCUUUCACAGUCCCAGCUGCCUUCCUGCUGAGACCCAGACCUGGACCACCAUUGUCCAAAGACGCAGCAAAUAGAUCCUGGUUGGGAUAUAUAGGCUACUCUUGGAGCAAUCUUGGCAAGACCAUCCUGCGAGCACGCAGACUGAAAGAUGUAAUGCUCUUCCUAGCAGCUUGGUUUAUGAUAUCGGAUGCUGUCGCUACAGUGUCCGGCACAGCAAUUCUUUUUGCCAAGACGACCCUCGGCAUGGAGUCCUCUGCACUUGCUUUGAUCAAUGUCAUUGUCAUCAUUUCCGGCAUUAUCGGUGCUUUGACCUGGUCAAAGAUCUCAAGAACCCUGCAGCUCAACCCCUCGCAAACAAUCUUGACAUGCAUCUGCCUCUUCGAGCUGAUCCCAAUCUACGGACUGCUUGGUUACAUUCCCGCUAUCCGCCGCUUUGGCUCAUUUGGUCUCCAGCAGCAAUGGGAAAUGUAUCCUCUCGGUGCAGUCUACGGUCUCGUCCUGGGUGGCCUCAGCUCCUACUGUCGAAGUCUGUACGGCGAGCUCAUCCCACCUGGCAGCGAGGCAGCCUUCUACGCUCUGUACGCUAUUACCGACAAGGGUAGCAGCGUCUUCGGGCCUGCUAUUGUCGGUGCCAUCGUUGAUGCUACUGGCGAUAUUCGGCCUGCUUUCUGGUUUCUGGCCGUGCUCAUCGGCUUGCCCAUCCCGCUCAUGUUCGCAGUCAAUGUCGAGAGAGGGAAACGAGAAGGAGAGAAGCUCGCGCGGGAGACCUUUGAGGCCUGCGCCUCACUGUCGAGCACACUGUCGAAUGGAAUUAUUCAGCACGGGUUCAGUCUGGACAAGGUCGCGCACCUUCUUUUGAGGGACCUUUCCAGAAACUUGUACAACUGGGGUAUCCUCCAAAAGCUGUUCAGCAGCAAGACUUGCUCCCAGUCAAUGACGAGCCAAAGCCGAAGCGGCAAGACAACCAGCCAGACCCAGUGAUGGACGAGCCAGAGCUCCCCAAUGACGAGCCCACUGACGAGCCAGUGGAGACAAUCUCUCUCAAUUCUCAUGCCUUCGAAGCCUUCGAAUAUAUGCUCAGCCUUACUGGUGAACCGCCAGCUGCUACAGUUGCCUGGAUCAAGGUGACGCACGGUGUGGAAAAGGCUGGCUUCAUCAUCACGAGCGGCAAGCGAGGAUCGGCUCGGCUUUUCCAACGUUGUAAUCUCAAGCUCACUCGCCAAGAACCUCAUCCUGUUACAUACUGGACAAUCGCGCAAGCCAGAAGCUUUGAGGGAUAUUUGAUGCGGAAGCUUGAUGAUGAUGCAAGAAUUGAGAUUGUCGAGGAGUGAAUGAAGGCCAUCGAAAGGAGUUGGCGUGUAUGACAAUGGAAACGGGAUUUCUGACACUAGAAGGGACAUUGGCGCAUGUCUGACGACUUCAGCUGAACGGUGUUCCGUAGUCCAUUGUGCAUUUUAUGAAGAAUUUCUAUGCUUG